UCACUUCUCCGAGCAAGUUGAAAAAUCACCUUCAAUCUUAUUUGUCACAAUUCACAAUCUAACGCACUCUAAUGGCUCCGUACAAUUGUCAACACUCAACAAUAAGUCAAUAAUAUAGGUGUCUUCCUACAUUGACUAAAGAAAAGCUUCCACUUUUUACUCCAUCUUUCCUUCUUCUCUACACCAACUCUUACUCAUUACUACCAGCAAAGUAGUUGCCAUUUUAUCAAGAAAUGAAUGAUUUGUAAGAUCUCUGCUUUUCUCUAAUCUCACACUUACAUUAUUAUUUGAUUCUUUCAAUCAAUUUCAUUUGCUUCUGAUUUAGUAACAAAUUCAUCACCAAUUUUAUGGAUUAUGAAGUUGUUAUUCUUGGUUCACUUACAUUGAUUUAUUUACUAGCUUUAUUGUACUGGGUAUUCCUCAAAGAUUUGAUUAGUGGUCUUAGUUUGAGCUCAUUUGGUCAAUUCAAGAAAUUUUACACUAGGGUUUCUAGUUUUGGGGAAUUGAGUUCGGUGGGUAAUGGUAAAAACUCAGUUUUGAGAUCUGCAAAUGGUGUUUUAGCCACUGGGUGUUUGUUUAUUUUCUUUGUAGUUUUAGCUGGUGCAUAUUGGUUGCUUUCUAGUGAUUUGCAGCCUAAUUCGCGGGAUCAGGGUUUUAGUAUUCCUGGCCCUAAUGAUGCAAUUGGGCAAUGUAAUGUGUUUGAUGGGAAAUGGGUUCCAGAUGAUGGUUAUCCUUUGUACAAUGUAUCAGAUUGCCCAUUUGCAGAAACCGGGUUUAAUUGCUUGGCGAAUGGGAGGAGAGAUGAUGGUUAUUUGAAAUGGAGGUGGAAGCCUAAGAACUGUGAUCUUCCUAGGUUUGAUGUUCAAGCUCUAUUGAAGUAUCUUCGAGGGAAACGGGUAGUUUUUGUGGGUGAUUCAUUGACAAGGACACAGUGGGAGUCGUUUAUUUGUAUGCUUAUGUCCGGGGUAGAAGAUAAACGGUUUGUGUAUGAAGUCAAUCAGAAUAAGAUUUCGAAGCAAAUUAGGUUUUUGAAUGUGAGGUUUGAUUCUUAUAACUUUACGGUUGAGUUCUAUCGUUCUGUUUUCCUGUCCUGGCUUACCCCUCCACCAAAACGUGCACCAAAGAGAGUCAAGUGGACAAUUAGACUUGACAAGAUGGAUAAUGCCAAUGAAGAAUGGGUAGAUUCUGAUGUCCUGAUAUUCAAUACUGGGCACUGGUGGACGAAGACUAAGCUUUUCGAAACGGGUACCUAUUUUCAGGUUGGUGGAUCACUAAAACUGGGAAUGCCAGUAAGUAAAGCUCUGACAAAGGCACUUCAAACAUGGGCAACGUGGGUUGAGUCGAAGAUCAAUCCAAAUAGGACCCAUGUGUUCUUUCGUACUUUUGAAUCUUCUCACUGGAGUGGUCGUAAUCGUAAUAUGUGCAAAGUGAGUCGAAGACCGAUGUUAACAACAAAGGGUAGGGACAAAAGUCCAAUUUCAGAUGUGAUAUUGAGGGUUAUCAAGAGUAUGUCAGCACCUGUUACGGCUCUGCAUGUUACUCCCAUGGGAGCAUACCGCAGUGAUGCGCAUGUAGGUACAUGGAGUGACAACCCAUCAGUACCUGAUUGUAGUCACUGGUGUCUGCCUGGGGUCCCAGAUAUGUGGAAUGAAAUCCUAUUCACUUACCUUCUGCACAAAGAUCAAAUUUCCCAACAACGAACUGCAAAGUGAAGUUUUGUAUUACAAGUUAUGAGACAAAGAGGGGCGAGUGAGGAUAAAUGUUGAAAGAAGUUGGAGUUUUAGCACGUAAAGUUAUCGAGUAAUUAGCAGUUGAUGUUGAUCAUCCAGAUUGAACCAAGAGCCAGACUUACGGUAGCGGAAUACUUCAUUAGACGAUGUAUCUUGUUCGAAAUAUAUUUGUUUAUUUAAUUUGGGGUUUGGUGGGAUUUCAGAGGCAGAAAUUGUGGAAACCUCAACUCUAAAUUAAAAGUAGUGUUUUGAAAUGCAAUCUACAUAUCUUAACUGGAA